AUGAGCGGAUUGCGGAUUCUAGUCCCCGUGAAGAGGGUGAUCGACUACGCGAUCAAACCCCGAAUCAACAAGACCCAGACCGGCGUCGAAACCGCCGGCGUCAAGCACUCCCUCAACCCCUUCGAUGAGCUCUCAAUCGAGGAGGCCGUCCGCCUCCGCGAGCGCAAAGGCCCCCUGAAAGUCGAAAACAUCCUCGCGCUCUCCGCUGGCGGAGCCAAGUGCGUUGAUACGCUCCGGACAGCCAUGGCCAUGGGCGCGGACCGGGCCUUCCACGUCGAGGUCCCCGAAAGCAACGACGGGGGCAUUGAGCCGCUAACCGUGGCGAAGUUGCUGCAGGCGGUGGUGAAGAAGGAGAACAUCAACCUGGUGCUUCUGGGGAAGCAGGCGAUUGACGGUGACCAGGGGCAGACGGGCCAGAUGCUGGCUGGUCUGCUGGGGUGGCCGCAAGCGACGCAGGCGAGCAAGGUCGAGAUCAAGGAUGAUAAGGGGACGGUGGAGGUGACUCAUGAGGUGGACGGUGGUGUUGAGACGCUGCGUGCUCAGUUGCCUCUGGUUAUUACGACGGAUCUGCGGUUGAAUGAGCCUCGGUAUGCUAGUCUGCCGAACAUCAUGAAGGCGAAGAAGAAGCCGCUUGAGAAGAAGAAGCUUGAGGAUUUCGGGGUCGAGGAUAAGCGGCGGUUGAAGACGCUCAAGGUUACUGAACCUCCUGCGCGCCAGGGCGGCGGUAAGGUGGAGGAUGUUGACGGUCUGAUCGGCAAGCUGAAGGAGCUCGGUGCGCUGUGA